UGGCGGCAGUGUAUCUCAAACUUCCUCUCUGAGCUCUAAGAGCAUGAGCUGCUGUUUUGAAUGAAGGAGCUGGAGGUUUUGCUCUGAGACUAUUUUAGAGUAAUUUUCCAUCUCCAUGGCUCUGGUGCCGUAUGAUGAGAACGUCCUUCCAGCUCUCUCUAAAAUCCACAGCUCUUCAGCCGAGUUCCAUUUCGCUUCACAUCGACUUCGACUGGCCCAGGACUGGAAUCGACUAGGCGUGGCCGCCGUUGUGUGGGAUGCUGCAGUGGUGCUGUGCAUGUAUCUGGAGCUUGGUCACGUGGAUCUGAAGGGGAAGACUGUCAUUGAGCUGGGCGCUGGCACUGGACUAGUGGGCAUAGUGGCCGCACUGCUUGGAGCCAAUGUGACGAUCACAGAUCGGAAGCCUGCGCUGGAUUUCUUGAGCUCUAACGUGAAUGAGAACGUACCUCCAGAACUGCAGGGGGCAGUGCAGGUGUCUGAGCUGACCUGGGGAGAGGGUCUAGAACACUAUCCUUCUGGAAGCUAUGACCUUAUUCUCGGAGCAGAUAUCGUUUACCUGGAGGAAACGUUUCCUGCUCUGCUCAAGACUCUGGAUCACCUGAGCUCAGAGAACACGGGUAUUCUGCUGUCGUGCCGGAUCAGAUACGAGCGAGACGAGCGUUUUCUGGACAUGCUGAGGACACGGUUUUCUGUGCAGGAGGUUCAUUACGAUAAACAGAGGGACAUUCAUAUCUACAGAGCCGCGAGGAUUAGGAACAAAUCUGAACUGUGAGGGUCCUGCUGAGGUUCAAUACAAUAUGAUAACAAUGAAUGAUAUCAAACAACACAGUCACUUAAAAGCACUAUCGGGACAGGCUUUUAAGUGGGUAAUUUUCUCUUUUAUAGGGGGUCCUCUGUGAUUUUAUUCCCAUUCGGAACAACCAUGUAUGUGGUUUUCUUAGAUGUCCUCUGAGAACAUUACAAGCUGAAUUACCUACUGUUUUUCUUUGAAAUCCGUGGUUCUCUGGUAAUUUUAACCAUAUCUGCAUGCACAUCUGAAUUUCGUUACCUUGCGUUUAAUAAAAUAGCUAUUUGUCCACUGCCACGUACUGUAAUUACACUUUGGGCAUGUGUUUCUACGGAGAUCCAUGUAAACACAACCCAAUUAAAUGUGGCACUGAUGGAGAGACACAGCUCACAGAAGCGUUUCCUUAUGGAUUCCCACACUUUGUGGUUGUGAACUGUCCUUUUGAAUUGUUGCUGAAAUUAGGCUUUGCCCAAACCAAAAUAAAAGUCAGUGUCUCUUCUCUGCUCCCUGUCUGGAAAAUCAAGCCCUCUAGCCUUAAAGGCUAGAUGUCUACUUGCUGUUAAAUGUUUGUUCACAUAUACAUCUAUUUGGCCCAUUGGAUUUGCACAUCCUCAGAAAUGAAUAAAUUAAUACUGUGAGUUUGCAA